GGCGGAGGGGCUGGGCGCCGCCAUCUUCUCGGCGGCCGCGCCGGAGCCGGUGCUGGUGCUGGUGCUGGUGCUGCGGGCGCGUGCCCUGCCGCCUCCUGCGCAAAGAAAUCACUUUCCACAUUUGUUCGGGUCUCCUGUGAUCUCGAAGGCCUGAUGCGAGAGAGACGAUACUGCUUUCAUUUGAGACUCGCACUCCGGUUCGGGGAUGUACGUGGUAGCCGCGUUGGUUUGAGACCCAAAGAAAGGCAAAAAUCGAGAACUCUUGGUGCCCUAAAAUGAUCUUUGCGCAUCCUCUGAAGUGCGCAGACGCACGCACGCCGUCACGCAGAUUCCCGUUCCUCUCUCGCCGUUCCCCUUCUUCGCCCAUCGUUAAUUAGAAACCAUCUCCUGUUGGUUUGCCAGCGCUGAGAAACUCCUUUGCAAGGAAGUCUGAGAGCACCUUCCUUCUGCCAGACAUGACACACACAGGUCCAGAAAACUCAGAAGCUUGUGCCACUCUAGACACCGACCAUGACCAAGAGUUGGCUCAAGAGUGCCACAGACUGAAAACUUUUGUCAGCUUUCCAAGUGGCUGUCCGGUCUCUGCAUCAACACUAGCACGUGCUGGUUUCUUUUACACGGGAGAGGGAGACAAAGUGAAGUGUUUCAGUUGUCAGGCAACUGUUGAAGGAUGGGAGCAUGGAGACUCGGCAGUAGGGAGACACAAAAAUAUUUCCUCAGACUGCAACUUUCUUACUGGAUUUAACUGUUUGAAAAAUGAUAUGCAUCCUAUCCUCCAAAACUGCCAGCUCAGAAUUGAAAAUUGUUCUGGAAAUUCAAGCCUUCAACACGCUUUUGACAGUUCAUCUGACCUAAGAGCAGAUUAUCUUCUGAGAACAGGGCAGGUUGUGGACAUGUCAGAUGCCUUGUACCCUAGAAACCCUGCUAUGUGCAGUGAAGAAGCUAGGUUAAGGUCUUUUCACAACUGGCCAAACUACGUACCAUUAACACCAAAGGAAUUAGCCAGUGCUGGGAUGUAUUAUUCAGGUAUUGAUGAUCAAGUGGAAUGCUUUUGUUGUGGUGGAAAAUUGAAAAAUUGGGAACCUUGUGAUCGAGCUUUGUCAGAGCACAAGAGGCAUUUUCCCCGGUGCUUCUUUGUCUUGGGCCACGAUGUUGGAAACAUCCCAAGUGAAUCUAAUUGUGCCGAGGUCAGCAGGGAUAGUUUAUAUGAUGCAGAGCAUCCAAGGAAUCCCUCUAUGGCAGAAUACGAUGUGCGACUCAGGACAUUUUUGAAUUGGCGAUACCCAGUUAACAAGGAGCAACUUGCCAAAGCUGGAUUCUAUAGCAUAGGUAAUGAAGAUAGUGUCAAAUGCUUUCAUUGUGGUGAGGGACUGCAGGAGUGGAAGGAGGAUGAAGAUCCUUGGGAGCAACAUGCUAAAUGGUUUCCAGGAUGCAAAUAUCUGCUGGAAGAGAAGGGGCAAGAAUUUGUAAAUAAAGUUCACUUAACACGUACACAGAGGGAUUCCACAAUAGAAGCUGCUGAAAAGACAUCACUUACGGAAGAUGAAUUUUUACAGAGUCAUUUGGUACAGAAUGCAAUGCGUAUGGGCUUCAAUUUGUCUGAGAUUAAGAACAUUAUAGAGAAGAAACUGCAGACAUCUGGAGAAAACUAUACCUCUGUUGAGGUUUUGGUCGCAGACUUAAUAAAUGCUCAGAAAGCAAACGCACAAGAAGGAUCCAGUGAGAACCCACUGAUUAAAGAUCUUAGUGUGGAAGAGAAAUUAAGACGUUUACAGGAGGAAAAGCUUUGUAAAAUCUGUAUGGAUAAAAACAUCUCUGUAGUUCUUAUUCCCUGUGGCCACCUGGUUGCUUGCAAGGAAUGUGCUGAAGUAGUUGUUAAAUGCCCUGUGUGUUGCACAGUUAUUACAAGAAGACAGAAAAUUUUUAUGUAUUAGUUAAAUGUACAACGAGUGCUGCUUGUGCAAAUGGUUCCUAUUAUGUUGCUGAAAUCAUUGUAAAGGUUUAACUGACAGUUGGGAUGAUAAACAGUCUAGCGCAUAAACGUAUUUAGAGUGCCUCCAGUUGGGGAUAAUAGAAAGAAUAAAGCUUUCAUCAGUGCCCUAAAAUCCUAUGAAUCAGUAGUUAGAGGCUGCUAUAUUUAUGUGGUUUACAGCACUCACAUUUAACUGGAACUUCUUUAUUCCUCUCCUCUGUUUUUGUCCUGUCAUUUUACUUGAGCUGACAGCCUAGAAUAUGACUCUGUUCUCUUGAUUUUUAUGUAUCACACUCUACUAGUUUGUUGCAUGUGCAUAAAUUUAAGUAUACUCAUAAAUGGCAUGGGAAACCUGAGUGCUCGAUUCACUAAGGGCAGCGUAGGUUGAAUUUGUAAGACUGCUUCUGUCAUUAGCCAAGCUUCAGAGAGUGCAGAAUGUGGGCAAUAAACUUCAAAGGGGAAAUGACAAAUGGGGAAAAGUCCAGCCAUGUUUCUUUUGCUAUCAGCUGUCUUAGAUUAUAUUUACUAAAGCUAGAAUAGUAAACAGUCAACCCCCAUUUGGGAAUGGGAUGAGGAGAUCAUAGGUUUGGGAGCAGUAACAUUUCAGUGACAGAAACAAAGUUGCUGACACUUGGUUUUGUUUUCAGUCUAAAAUUUAAAUGACUGUCUAAUUUACUCUCAAGGGUUAAUUUUCUUUCCAACUUGGUGAACCAGUCAAUUCCAUAAUUUAUUUCUCUCCCAGGGGAAAAUAGCAUCUUUUUCAAAAUCUCAUAACCUCACUGACCCAGUAACACUUACAGAUAUUUAAAAAUGAUUCUCAUGACAGAACUAUGAAGAUAACUUCUGUGAUUUUUACUUGGCUUUCAUAUAGUUGACCCCUUUCUAAAUGUGCAUCAACUCUUUCUGUCCAGUAAAAAAAAAAAAAAAAAAAAUCAACUAACACCACUUCCACCUAAAAGGCAAGUAAUUAUAUUCUUGUUAUUUACGUGUCACAGAAUUACUUUCCCAAAGCAGCAGCAGCUUUUUGUUAUGCUAAGGCCUUUUGUUUCUCCAACUAACACUGCCUUUAAAAACGACUUCCUAUAGCCCAGUAAUAAAAGGAUCUGAAGCUAUCACCAAAAGGCAUGCCUCCUUCUCUCUUCCAGGCUUAGUCGGGGCCUCUUUGCACAGAGCCAGUUCCCAAACGGCCUUAACUUUGGUCCUGUUUAAACAAGCCAAAACAAAUAUAAACAGUGAAGCGGGGGGAGGAAUGUCUUCCUCAAUUUUUCCACUAGACUCGCUCAUUGGCAACACCCUCAAAAUGAUCAGAACUUGUUUAUAAAGCCAUUACAUCUUUGAAGAAUCAUAGUGAUCUCCUUUAUAUAAAAUGUUUUCUUUGACAUUGUUCAUAUAUAGUUGUCAUAUUGUCAAAGGAAUCAUGUGACGACAGAAACUGCAGUAUCUAAGUAUCUAUUCUGGGACAACAGCCAAGGCAGCCUUCUAAUACCGGGAAUCCCAGGGUUAUGUUUCAUUAGUGAGGAGGGUGAAAGAAAACACACCUGUGGUUGCCAUAGUUAUGCCAACAGAAGUCCUAGUGGUAAACUCUGCUAUAGUGACAAAAAGACCUUUGGCUGAUGCAGGUUAAUUGAAGGAACUGGUCUCAGGCAUACCAGCAAAGGUCAUUAUAGGCCUGCCUGGAAGCACCUGAUCCUGCAAAGUGUGGAGGACUCUGCUCAUGUUUUCUGUCAGGGGGAAUGGAGGAUGCACAGCUUCUUGCAGAAGCCUUCCACAAACUAAAAACUGCAAUUACAUAUUCAGAGAAUAAAGAUGUAUUAAUGUUCUUUCAGGAAGAAACACAAAGUAUAUUAGGGCUCUUUUCUACAUCUUCCCUCCUCUACCCCUUCUGGUGAUAAUUCCAAAUGCCUAAUAUUACUGUUCUUAGUAAUAAUAGUACUGUUACUUGAAAAUCAAAAGUUGGAAGAUAAGAGUUUAGCAUCUGCUUCCAGUUCAAAGAAACUCUGGACAAGAGCAGAGGGUUGGACGAGAAGUUUUCAAAGUAUUACCCCCCACCCCCACCCCAUUGAUAGUGCCAAAUUUUAAACUUGGGUAUUUCAAAAAUGUAUUUUUUGAAAAACUAGUCUGGACUUUUUCCCCUAAAAAGUUUUGAGCGUUUUAAUGACAUUUCCAACCACGGGGAAAUAGAUGAUGAAAAGUUUUGGUCUAAUGUUGUCACGACAUAAUUAUCAUGUGCUUGAAAAUGCUUUCAUUUCAAAUGUAAUGCAUAUUCUCAAAACACAUAAUCCAUUUGAACUGGGUGCAUUGAAAGAUGCUGUGAGCGACAAGUGCUAGUUGAGGAAUGCCAUCACUGGGAAUUCUGUUUAGAUAAUCCAACCACUUGGUCUCAAGAUCCAUUUUAUAGUGCCAUUUGUACGUAUUCAAAAUGGGCUGUAUUUCCAGAAUGUAUUAAUGUGGUUUGUGGUAGAGGACUGUGCUUUUAAAAUCCAGAUUUUUUAAGAAUUUUAUAAUCUAUUUUUCAUUAUAACUCCAUGUUAAGUAUGUAUGAAACGAUAAAAGAGCAAGAUUAUGUAUAUUUUAUUAUUUAACAAUUUGGGCCUGAUCCUGCAAACUCUUGGCAUGUGAAACUUACUUCAUGGGAGUAGUUCCAAACCAUGGGAAGUGAUCUUGUGGCUAUUUCCUUUCCAGUGCUGGACUCCAGUGGACUCCUCAAGUGACUGAUGUGUUAUGCACAUGAGUUGUUUUUUUUUUUUGCAGGGUCUGGCCCUUUUAUAAUGCUUGUAUGUACCAAUUGUAAAUGUGGACAUUUCCCAAGUUUCCACGUACAUAAUGUUUUACUCAGUUCACAAAGAAACUACAUGUCAAUGUUGUCCUACUUUUGGACUUUUAGUUUGCAGCGUAAUCUAGAGAGUAUGUUUGAGCUAGCUUCUCCUGGUUUAGCUUAGAUAGGCAAUGUUAGUUCUGAUGUUUCUGUUUUACCUUCUUUGAAUACUUGUUUUUAUACAAAAAAAAAAUCUGUUGCUCAAGGUCACAUGUCCACUGUUUGCUUAUCAGCCAUAGUUCUUCUGUUCUAGAAUCCUUCUGCUUCUUCAAUUAAUGUUCUCAUUUGUGUAAUUAGCCACUUGCUAAUGGUGAACAUUUAAUUGACUGCGUUCAACUUUCUGUGUAUUUGUUUUCCUGCUUUGCCAUCUGAUUUCCUAGUAGAGACGAAAAGGUAUCUAGUGCACUGCAUGCCAGAAUGAUCUGCCUUUCCUCUCUUUCCUCUAAGGAUAUGUCAACUGAAGCUAACAGGCAUCAUGUACUUCUGUUACUUUGAGCAUUAAAGGUGUGAUUUUUAAUUAGAAAUUGUAACGCCAAUCAUAAUACUCAGAUGUUCUGUUUACAUUUUAUCUUGUGCAUAGUUUUUUUGUUAAUGCUUUCCAAUUCUUUCCAUUUUCAUAAUCAAAAAGUUAAAUUAGCAUGUCAUCCUAAUGCUGCUUUUUCAAAAAAAAAUAGCACUCAACUUUGGGGAAACAUUAGAAAACUGUCAUUUUUUGUUUUCAGUCUGUUUCACUUGGUUUUGAAGUUAGCAGUUUGAGCUCAAAUUAUUGCAGGCAAGAAUUUGAAUUAAAUGUCAUCUUAAAAUAUUGUUUAAAAAUUACACAUUAUUUUUGUGUUGGGUCUUGUAACGUUCCUCUUAAAUCUUGAUUUAAAAAUAUCUAAAUUUUGGAUUAAUAAAACUAGUUUGAUAACUCUCUAGACCUAUGAAAUGUCCUAAAUUUGUGGAAAUUUAGUGUCUUACUACAAGCUUUUGUAUAUAGAAAUGUAUUUUGGAAUCCUAAGGGUUAAAUGAUGUGUCUGACUUGGUAUACUAAUUAGCGAUUCUUAAUACAGAAUAUAAUUUUUCAUUUCAACUACAUGUUCCAAACUACUGAAAUGGGACAGAUUUAUUUUUUUAAAUGUUUGUUGUGAUUAUGUAACUUGAUUUUAUGAAUUAUUUAAAUAAAAGUAAAAUUAAAUUGA